GAAAUGAGUCAUGUUGUUAGGAGUUGCCACGUGGUAAGAUGGCGCCUAACCAUUUCAAAUUCUCACCAUCACUCGCCACGUGUCCUCCACCCUCCCUCCUCCUUCUCCAUGUCUUUCCCCGCCUUCCUCGGUUUUCCUCUCACCCUUCUCUAAUCUGAUCAAGUUUCUUCUCCCAGUUUCAUCGAUUACUGUUUCUUUUCUUUCUUUUUCUCUGGUUACUAAUUCCAAUGAGGCUUCAUUUCUCUAAAUUCUAAAAAAUAUUGCAAAUUCAGACACAAUGAGGGGAACCCCACCUGGGAUUUCGCUCGUCAGAGCCAUUAGAGGUAAAGAUUGGAGCCUUACGAGUUACAGAUAUGUGAUGUUGUUAGUUACUUUUGUAGCCUAUGCAUGUUACCAUGCUUCCCGAAAGCCCAGUAGUAUAGUCAAGAGCGUAUUGUAUCCAGACCCGACUAAAGUUAACGGUCUAGUCACUGGUUUCUACCCUUGGCCGAUCGGUGAGGUCUUUUUGAAGAAGGAAGAAUUUGUUAACGAGCACAGAAAUGUGUCUCGAGAGAAGGGUUGGGCUCCGUUUAAUGGGAAAGAUGGGACAUCGAAGUUGGGGGAAAUUGAUCUAGCUUUUUUGGGAUGUUAUUCUUUGGGGAUGUAUGUAGCUGGGCAUUUGGGGGACACUUUGGAUCUUCGAUUGUUCUUAACGACAGGGAUGAUUGGAAGUGGUAUUUUUGUGUGUUUGUUUGGAAUGGGAUAUUUUUGGAAUGUUCACUCUUUUGGGUUUUAUCUAGUUAUGCAAAUGCUUGCCGGUUUGUUUCAGGCCACAGGGUGGCCUUCGGUUGUGGCGGUGAUCGGAAACUGGUUUGGGAAGAGGAAGAGGGGUUUGAUAAUGGGUGUUUGGAAUGCUCAUACUUCUGUUGGUAACAUAAGUGGUUCACUUCUAGCUGCUAGCGUUUUGGAGUUUGGUUGGGGUUGGUCUUUCAUUGUUCCAGGUGGAUUGAUUGUGAUGGGUGGGAUUCUUGUUUACAUGUUCUUAGCUGCUUAUCCUGAGGAUGUUGGAUUCUCGUGUUCUCAAGGCUCAGCUACAAAUGAGGAAGAAAGUCCUAUUGAGAAAAGGGAAAGUAAUGGUGGUGGUGGUGUUCUUCCUUCACAUGGGUCAGUGAGUAGAAGUAGUGUUGGACUUGUUCAGGCCUGUAUGAUACCGGGUGUGAUUCCUUUUGCAUUGUGCCUCUUCUUUGCCAAGCUUGUGGCCUACACGUUUCUCUACUGGUUACCCUUUUAUUUAAGCCAAACAGAAAUUGGUGGGGAGUAUGUUUCAGUAAAAUCUGCUGGAAAUCUCUCUACUCUAUUUGAUGUAGGGGGCAUAUUUGGUGGAAUCCUUGCUGGAUAUGUAUCUGAUAAGCUCCGUGCUCGGGCUACAACUGCAGCCUGCUUCAUGUAUGCUGCGAUUCCUUCCCUUCUUCUGUAUCGCUCUUAUGGGAACAUUUCAAAAACUGUCAACAUUGUUCUUAUGAUGACUGCUGGCUUGUUUGUAAAUGGACCCUAUGCACUCAUCACCACUGCAGUUUCUGCAGACCUUGGCACACACAGUUCUCUUAGGGGAAAUUCUCGAGCGCUGGCCACAGUUACUGCCAUUAUUGAUGGCACUGGAUCUGUUGGUGCAGCUCUUGGCCCUUUACUUACUGGCUUUCUUUCAACAAAAGGAUGGGAUACGGUAUUUGUGAUGCUCAUGUUAGGAGCUCUUAUUGCUGGACUACUGUUAUCCCGUCUGGUUGCGGCUGAAAUUUCUGAGAGAGCUUCCAAACAGUUGCCAGUUUCCAACGGGCAACAAAAUUGUGGAGCUUCUGCAUCUCAACCACUACUAGGUGACCAGAGGUAAUUUUUAAGAGAUUUGGCCUCCUCAAUAAAUUUUGUCAUAACUGAAGAGACUCAUAUUUAAGUGCCCAUGCUGUAGCAGUGUGAAAAUAUCGGUAAGAUAUCUUAAACCAGAUUGUUCUUUUGGUCAUAUUAUAUCAUUAAACAAAAAUAGAGCACAAGUAUUAUAGAUAAUUCAAAUGGUUUUGGAGAGUAGCUUUUGGCACAUACUUUAUGUUAGUAUGUGCAUUCUUGUAAUUGUACCCUCAUUUUGUUUACCACUGUGCUUCGUCAAUGUCGGGCUCUUGAAGCUGGCAUAUGGCGUAUCGACACAAAUCACAGACUGAGUUCAAGUGAAGUUAUAGCUUGCUGAAAAAAAUGCCCAAAUAAAAUGGUUUUUUUUUUGUUUC